UAAUCUUUUAUUAAUUGUUUAUUAAAUGUUAUUUGUUGGCCUAAUGUAUAUAAGGCAUAGAUGUUGAAUACAGAGAACAAAAAACGAGACUCAGAAAUUUCACAGUGUAAUGGGAAGAGAGAUAUAUACAUACUUAUUAAACAAUUUUAUAUUUCCAAAGUGAGACACUCUGAAGACGCACAGUUCACUCUUCAUAGGAGAAGGGAUUAUAGAAGGACUUCAAAGAGAAAAAUGUAUUCAGCUGGUUUUUGAAAGACUGUUAGGAACUAUCCAGGUGACCAAAUGAAAACAGCCCUUCUAUGCAGGAAAAACACCAAAUAAAAAUGAAUACUGGUGUAAGAAAGCAUGUUUUUAGACACUUCAUGAUGCAUAUAUAAUUGGAACAUGAAAUAUAUGGUGAAAUGUGGUGCUAAAAAAUGCUAGUUAGCAAGAGCAAUUGUAUCAGACCCCCAGAAAGAGACAGAUUACACACUGAAAUAAUUUGAGGCGAAUGUAAUACAGAAACCAUUUACAAAGGUGUGGUUAUGUGUAAGAAAACCACAAGUGCUUGUGAUAUUGGUUAAGUAGCAGUAGGCACUAUUACAACCAUUGGAUUAAAGACACAAGAGGAAGAUAUGAUUGCCAGAGAGAACCAGAGCCAGAGAAGUCUUAGAUAGGGAUGACAUUAGCUUGCAACAGCUUUCUUGGGAGAAUACUGAAGGAAUAAACAUCUGACUGUUUUCUUCCUCCCUCCUAUCUCUUGUUGGUGUUUUCUAUUGCCAAAUUCAGCCAGAAGUGAGAAGGCAAGGGAACCUGUUCAUGUAGUCCAUAGAGGUCAAUGUUUCAGAGCUCAGAACAUGAUAGAAAGUGGUGGAGGGUAGAACAGAGGAGGUUAAUGUAAGGUAGUCUGCACAACAUAAAUGUAGAGAGAUCAUAUUUAUAUUACAGUUGGUUAUAUUCACAUGAUAGAAUAUUUAGGCAGCAAUGCAGAGGCUCCACUCGAAGAUGGAAAUCCUGGAAGUGAACAUAUUAGUGACAAAGCUAUUUUAAUAACAGAGACAAUAAGUGAGGAGGGCAUGAAUUUGAGUAAAAUUGGUGGGAAUGAAGAAAGGCAAGAAAUUGAAUGAAUAAUUAAGAGGAAGAAAUGGCUUCUAGGAUGACGUUAUUUUAUUUUUAACCACUUUUAGGAAAAUAAGGCCUCUGUUCUCUGCAUUAUUAUGUUCUCUGCAUCUAUCCCCAAUGACACUGCCCUCAACCCUUCAACAUUUAUUCUGUUUGAAAUCCCAGGGAUGCAAGACCAACAUGUUUGUAUGUCCUUGCUCUGAUGGGAAAUGGUACCAUCCUGUACAUCAUUAUGACAGACAGAACUUUGCACGAGCCAGUGUACCUUUUCCUGUGCCUGCUUUCCAUCACUGACCUGGUACUUUGUUUGUCUACAUUGCCCAAAAUGCUAACAAUCUUCUGACUUAGGUCUCACAUGAUUUCCUACUAUGGCUGCCUCACCCAGAUGUUUUUUGUUCAUGGAGUCUUUGCCACAGAGUCAGCUGUUCUGUUGGCCAUGGCUUUUGAUCGCUAUGUGGCCAUCUGCUGUCCACUUCAUUAUGCAUCCAUCCUCAAUGCCACCAUGAUUGGGAAGGUUGGUGUAGCAUGUGUGAUUCAUGGUCUUCUCUUUGUUUUCCCCUUUGUCAUCUUCACUGAACGCUUACCCUUCUGUGGACGUCACAUCAUUCCCCACACCUACUGUGAGCACACGGGCAUAGCCAAGCUUGCCUGUGCCAGCAUCAAGCCCAACACCAUUUAUGGUCUCACUGUGGCACUUUCAAUCACUGGCAUGGAUGUGGUCCUCAUUGCCUCCUCUUGCCUCCUGAUCCUGCUGACUGUGCUGCGCUUGCACUCUGAGGAUGCUCAGCUCUGAGCAUUUAGUACUUGCAGAGCCCACAUUUGUGUGAUUCUUAUUUUCUAUAUUCCUGCCCUUUUUUCCCCUUUUUCACUCACCGUUUUGGCCACCAAGUACCCCCUCACGUCCACAUUGUACUUGCAAAUCUCUAUCUCCUUGGGCCUCCUGUUCUCAACCCCCUGGUCUAAGGCAUCAACACUAGACAGAUUCGCCUGAGACUAUUUGGCUUUUUUUUAUGAGGAGGAGGUAACUAUACUCUCUACAUGCACAGAGGAUUAAUGGAAAAAGUUAUAAUUAAUCUUUUACUUUCUUUAGCACCUCUUAUCCUUGGACUAGAGGUUUCUACUUCUGCUAAUUCUAGCACACCAGUAUCAUGUAUUAUUGGAGAGUUUUUGAAGUAUUUGUGAGAAACCAUCUAUACCUGCUAAAUAUGCAGAAUAUCAUUUUUCUAUAAAAUUAUCCUGUGACCUGUUAAUGGGCCUAUAGGUAUUGAAUAUUUCCAGGGAAAGGCAAUGUAGUUCACUUGAAAGUAAAAGGCAAGGAGAGUUAUUCUCUCCAUGUAGUGAAAUCUCAUAUGCUAGAGUUGAGGAAUCGAGAACACACACACACACACACACACACACACACACACACACACAAUUAAUUAAUUAUUGCCAGCAUUUUCUUAGACCAGGAGAGUCUUCAGUGAGAGUUUCAGCCUAGACCAGAGAUUGCUGUGAGAACUCAACACCAAGGAUUAGGUUGACAAUACAUGAGGAGGACUACAGGGGGAGAAGUCUGAAAGCACAUAAUUCCAUAGGAACCCCAUCAUAUUAGUUUCUCAAGGAAGUAGUCCAAAAUAUGUCACUUUUGGCCAGAUG